GCGUGCCGGAGCCAGUGUGCCGCGAGUGUGCGUGCCGUGUGCGUGUGUGUGUGCGCGGUGGUGUGUGCCGUGGUGUGCCGUGGUGUGCCUUGCGAGGAUCUCGGCAGCAGACAGCUCGGCGCCAAGAUGGCUCUACUGAAGUUUGAUAGACUCCAGAACCAGAUGCAGGUUCCAGUAUUAAGCGACUGGCAGUUUCCGCUGACGCCUAGCAUCGAACACCCCAAUCUUUGGAGCAGCAAGCAGGAGCUCGCCGAUCUGAGUCCCGAGGGCACCUCGCUGAUGUCGGGAGAAGAGGGCGUCGGGCCUCCGCAAGGAGUCACCCUCACCUGGCGGGACGUCUCCGUGUACGCCCGCUGCAAGCAGGACCGCUUCUUCAGACUGCGCUCCUCCACGUCCUACAAGAAGAUCAUCAACAACGUGAGCGGCGCGCUGAAGCCAGGCAGCCUGGUGGCUGUGAUGGGCGGCAGCGGGGCGGGCAAGAGCAUGCUCAUGUCCACGCUGGCCUACAGGGCACCAGACGGCGUGGUGGUGCACGGUGACAUACAGGUGAACGGACAGCCGGUGGGAGACUUCAUGCACCGCCUCAGCGGGUUCAUGCACCAGGAGGACCUGUUCGUGGGCAGCCUCACCGUCAGGGAGCACCUCAACUUCAUGUCACGCAUGAAGAUGGACCGACGCGUGAACGACGAGGACCGCCGGAGGCUCAUACAUGAGCUGCUGACACAGCUCGGGCUGGACGAGCUGGCCAACACGCGCAUCGGCGGGCGCGGCUCAGAGAAGGUCAUCUCCGGCGGCGAGAAGAAGAGGCUGUCGUUCGCCACCGAGAUGCUGACGGGACCGCCGCUGCUGUUCUGCGACGAGCCGACGACCGGGCUGGACUCGCAAUCGGCGCAGACGCUGAUCCGCAUGAUGCACGUGGUGGCAGGGCAGGGCCGCACGGUGCUCUGCACCAUCCACCAGCCCUCCUCCGAGAUCUUCAGCAUGUUCAGCCAGCUCAUGCUCGUCGCCGACGGCCGCAUCGCCUUCUUCGGCGACUCCAAGUCCGCCCUCCAGUUCUUCUCCAGACUGGGGUUCGAAUGUCCGCCGGCCACCAACCCCGCUGACUUCUUCAUACGCACACUGGCUCUGACCCCGGGGGCGGAGGAGGACUCGCGCUGCGUCAUCCGGCAGAUCUGCAACGAGUUCGCCGUCAGCGAGGCGGCCAAGGAGGUGGAGCUGCUGCUGCACCGCAGCCAUGUGGUGGCGGAGGAGGUACAACGAAAUGCAAUUGGACAACCAAUAAAGAACCCGUACGCCGUGGUGAAGCUGUUCUGGUUGAUACACCGAUCCGUUCUGAGCGUUCUGCGUGAUCCUUCCAUACAAGGCUUCCGCCUCCUGCAGAAAAUAGGGAUAGGCCUGAUGGCCGGGCUGUGCUUCACCGGCUCCGUGGCGCCCUCGCAGCUGGGCAUCCAGUCCGUGCAGGGAGCGCUCUUCAUCCUCGUGUCCGAGAACGUCUUCUCCCCGAUGUACUCGGUGCUGCACACGUUCCCCUCCGAGAUGCCGCUGUUCCGGAGGGAGUACCGCAGCGGCCUCUACCCCACGCACCUCUACUACCUCUCCAAGGUCAUCGCCAUGGUCCCCGGACUGCUGUUGGAGCCGCUGCUGUUCGCGGCGCUCAUCUACUACCUGGCGGGUCUCAAGGCCACCACGCAGGCCUUCCUCACCACCACCUUCAUCACCGUGCUCACCAUCAACGUGUCCACGGCCUGCGGCUACUUCUUCUCGAGCGCCUUCGAGUCGGUGACCUUGGCCAUGGCCUGCCUCGUGCCCUUCGACUACGUGCUCAUGAUCACCUCCGGACUGUUCAUCAAGCUGGGGUCGCUGCCGUGGUACGUCAGCUGGAUGCGGUUCCUCUCCUGGCUCAUGUACUCGAACGAAGCACUGUCGAUAGUUCAGUGGGAAGGCAUCACCAACAUCACGUGCUCCACCGAGCACACGGACCUGCCGUGCCUGACGACGGGCGCCGAGGUGCUGAGCCAGUACAGCUUCGCCGCCUGCCACUUCUGGAUGGACCUCAUGGCCAUGGCCAUCCUCUUCGUGCUGUUCCACGUCAUGGCCUACAUGUGCCUGCUGCUGCGUGCCAAGAGCGCGUGAGGCUCCGCGCGGCGCGCCGUGCCGACCGUGGACACGGCGUCUGUGUCGGUGACACUCCACGUCUGUGUCGGCGAGUCUUCACAUCUGUGUCGGCGAGACAUGACAGUGUGUCGGCGAGAUAAGUAUGUGUCGGCGAUACAUGGCCUCUGUGUCGGCGAGACAUGUUAUCUGUGUCGACGAGACAUGGCAUCUGUGUCGGCGAGAUAAGGCCACUGUGUCGGUGAGACAUGACAUCUGUGUUGACGUGACAUAUGUGUAAGCGAUUAAUGGCAUCUGUGUCGGCGAGAUAAGGCCUCUGUGUCGGAGAGACUUCACAUCUAUGACGGCGAGACACGGUCCCUGUGUCGACGAGACAUGGCAUCUGUGUCGGUGAGAUAAGGCUUCUGUGUCGGCGAUACUUCACAUCUGUGUCGGCGAGUCUUCACAUCUGUGUCAGCGAGACUUCACAUCUGUGACGGCGAGACACGGUCCCUGUGUCGGCGAGACAUAGCUUCUUUGUCGGCGAGACAUUGCCUCUGUGUCGACCAGACUUCACAUCUGUGUCGGCGAGUCUUCACAUCUGUGUCAGCGAGACUUCACGUCUGUGACGGCGAGACAUGGCCUUUGUGUUGGCGAGACAUAACUUAUUUGUCGGCGAGACACGGCCUCUGUUUAAUCUCUGCGCGCGACACAUCGGCUGAACUGUCGAGAUGAGCAGACAAUCAUAUGUCCAGUAACAUGCUAUAUUGUAUAUAUGUUUUGCUCAGUGGUUAGUUACUGGGCGUUAUACAUGAGCUAGAGCAGGCGUGCCCGAAGUGUCUAUUCCAGCGGCUGUACCUGGACACAUCUGUGUGCAAGGCUUCAGAGAAAAUCUUCCUUUUUCUAAAAACUUUUAAAAUUCAGAGUGGGCUCUGCUUACAAAAAAAUUAAACAUAACGCUUAGAACGGAUAUUUACCUUUCCGUAUUGUGUUUUUUAAACCGAAUUUAUAUAAGUGUGAUAAAAGUUCCAAACGCGUGUUCUUAGAAUGAUUUUCAGGCAUUAAAUAUCCCAUAGAGAUUCUUGAAAGCAAUCAAGGGACUUGCAUUACACUCUUUUUUUCUUUAUUUCUCCGAGGUAUAAUGUAAUGGUCACUGCUUGGAUCUCUAAGUUUCCCAAUGCACGACGAGAAGAAUGUGCGGCAGUUUAGGGCCUUGAGCCUAAAGGCGACACCACGCUAGAAGCACCAGCGAGCGUCGACCUUAUCUUCUCGCCUCACCGACACAGAUAAAGUGUACACCCCUGACUGGGUGAUUCAGGUUAUAUCAUGUGGUGCCCUCGAUACAAACCAUUAUGUGGUUCAUCCCACAAAUAGUUUAAACAACAUUUUUUUUUACAUGGUUUAAUUUAAAAGUUUUCAAUCUUUAUUAAUAAAGCUGUUUUAUAGCUAAAUAACAUGAGGUGGUAGAAAGGAUUUUACUGUACUGUGAAGGAAGUGUAAACUUACUCUCUUUUGCGUUGCUAGUUAAGUUAUCCAGAGUGAUUGUGUGGUGCAAAAAUACUCUGCGCUCACUUUGAGAAUCCCUGGACUAGAACAGGUUUCUCCUAGGGAAAAAUAUCGUGAGAUGUCCAUUCCUUUACAGUUAAAUCCUUCCAAACAAAAUAUUUAUUUUUAAUUACUAAACGUUAAAUUUGAAUUCAUCGCAUUAAUUGUUUUUGAUGUAAACAAGUCACAAACCUAAAUCUUGAUCGUAGGUUUGCGUGGUCGGAGUCACUAUGACUAACCCUAGGCUUCUGUGUUGAGGCCGCGUCUUGAAGAUGGCUGCUGCAAGGCAGCUGCCGAAACGUAGAGGCCGUCGUCAAUUAACAACUUACAGACAGGGUCUCAACUCCGAUGCCAAGAAACACGAGAUGUUAUAAACUUAGCUUACUGCCAACUGGAUCCAACUACAUAGCAAAGAUCGCAGUUUUUUUUACUGUGUAUCUAUUAAGUGCAAUUAUGCCCAUAAGUCAAUUAUUUCAUCUUCACAAGAUGGUUUUGAAGUGAUAAACAUUUGUUAUGACAUUUUUGUAUACGUUAUGAGGAUAUGCUUGAGCCGAGUAUUAGAAAAUUAUGCUUGUUUGUGCUGUUUGGGUUUAAGAAAGAUAGUAACAUAAUUUUUUAAAUCUAAAUGGAGCUAUACAGGGUAAAUAAUUAUCAUUAUUUAUAAAGAUUUUUUCGUUCGCGAUAGCAUUUUUGCUCCUUUUUUCUUAAUGAUCAUGUAAUACUUUGCAUAUUAUGGUUUCCUGUAAGGUCAUUAUUGAAUGAGAAACUCGUCACACUAUAUCUGGAACAUAAUAUAGAACAAGUAAUUCUAAAUCGAUUUUAUGAAACUAUUUAGGCAUUUUCGUGAAUGAUUUCAAGAAAGCAUAUAGACCUAAAACCAAAAUUACCGAACUCAGAUACGAAACUAGUAUCUCUUAAAACGCGAGUGCAUUGACUUAACUACUGCUUUAACUCUCUAAAUUGUAUGAUAGUUGUUAACUAUAAUUUAAUAUUAUUUGCUUAUAUCAUGUGAACAUGAAUAAAAAUGCCUGGUUUAUUUUAAUGAUCAAUUUAACGAACCAAAUCUAGGAUUCACAAAAUAACCACAGGUGAAUAUUGUAGUUGUACCAUCUGCUACCCAAAUGUGUACGUAUUUUCCCGAGAAGCAAAUAUGUUAUUGCAACCAAAAAACCUCACUCUGUUCAAUUAAAAUGCUAAAAAUAAUCAUGUAUCAAAUUUUUCUCCACAUGUAUACUUAAAAUUAUGUUAUGUAUUUAUUUUCUGAAGGUUGUGAAUUAAUUAGUGGCAGCAUAUGAUAAAAAAAAGGUUUGUUUAAAUGUACUUACAAACAGUCCUUAAAAAAAAUUAUGUCAUUGUUGUUAUUUCAGCUGGAAUCUAAGGGUAUCGUCAGUGAGGGAUGUGUGAUGGUCAUUGAUGGAAUAUUUCAUACCUUAUGGUCCUAAGAGGUUAUAUCAACUGUGCAAAUAAGUCAGAACUACUACUAGCAACACCAGCGCAGUACGAAUGACAACUGUGCAGCUAAGUGGUGCAUCAACACUUCUGGCACAUAGAAAGAUAAAUUGUCAAAAUAAAUGACAAAGUUGAUUUUCCCCCUCGAAAAUAAUGAUUUUCACGACAAAGCUCAAAGAUGGGUUCUAGCCAACGAACUUCCAUAACUUAGUCAAAAAAAAUGUAUAACCAAAGACAGGUGAUAUCAUCUUAUGACUGUUUUGGGCUCAAAACUGCACAUUUUAAUUGAGUUAAUUUGUGUAAUACAUACAUAGCAGGAAUUCAAGUUAUACGUUGAAUUAGGCCUAUAUGUUUAGAUGGACACCGUUUCUGCAAUUCUCUCAUACUGUGUGAAUCUUAAUGUAGAGAAAAUUUUGGUCGUGUGUUCCUUUUUAGUAAAUACUUUUUACACUAUCUGUAGACUAAGGGGAAAUCCGAUAAAAGGUCUUGAAAUAUUCUUGGGCAAUUUAUGAAGAAGAAAACCUGGUGCCUAAUUGACCGUCACGGACUAACAUCAGACCAAUGGCGGGUAAACCAGGUCACACAUUUUAACCCCGCCAUGAACAGAUGCGCAUUGUGUGGUGCCAUACAAUAAUACAUCAUAAUACAUGUGCUUCCCAUAAGCUACUAUAGCUUUCAUGGGCGUCGGUGUUUUAGGUUUGUUUAUCAGUGUUGGGGCAAAGAAGCCUCCUUGACUGCAAACCGUCCAUCAGAACUCACUGAACUGAUUCCUCAUGGCACUUCAUUGUCCAGCACAUACUCCAGAUAACGUCGCUCUCUUCAUGAGAGUGACUACUUCGUGUUAUCAUUUAUACUGUGCUAUGUUGCCGCUGCUUUUUCUUUUUUCAGCAUUCUUUUUCGUCUAAAGAUUGUGUGAUGUAACCAGUGUGCAAUCUUGCUAACCUAUACAUCCGUAGAAAAUACACCGCGGACUUUCAUUUUAAUUUGGUGGAUGUUGUAGUUUUAGGAGGAAAGGACACUUACUGUGUAAAAAGCUUGAGCAAAAAAUAAUUGUUACGUGUUAACUAUUGUUGAAACGUGUUUUACGUUGUGAGCGCGUUUUGUUUUUAGACUUUAUUAUGCACCUUACGCUUUUAUUACGCUUUAUGAUACGAUAAAAUAUUGGACUAUUUUUAAAAAUGUUGUUUUUUGUUUAUUUUAUUAUAUUUAAAAUUUGUUUCGUGGGUAGUAUUUGUAGUUUUUUGUUCAAAUAAAUAAAUACAAUAUU